UCUUAGUGCUUACGGGUACUUAUCAUAGUGCCUAUUUCAACAUUAAUUGAUUUAUUUAACUUUGCAAUGGAAAUUGAAUUGGAGGAAACAGUUUUGGACAGUAGGAGUGGAAGUAGUAAUCAAAAAAUUAAUCUCGAGAAAGAAGAUGUGACUUCUAAAGUAGUUGGAGAUUUUGGAAGGUGGCAACUGCAAAUAAGUUUUUUAAUGUCCCUUCUGAAACUAAGUAACGCCUGGUACCAAUUGAAUAUAAUAUUUAUGGCCCCUACCCAAGACUUUUGGUGCGCUAAACCGACAGAGUUCGAUGACAUCUCCGACAAUGAAUGGAGGGAUAUUUGUGCACCUAAAAUUGAAGAGUUUCCUUGUUUAAUUUAUGACCCGGCAUUGUUGGCUGCUGCUCGUGACAUGGAUAAAAGUAUGAUACCGCUGGUAGCUUGUACAAAUUUUGUUUAUGAUACAUCUUUAUUCCAAAGAACGAUGACUUCUGAUUGGGGCCUAGUAUGCAACAGACGUUGGUUGAUUCACGGUAAAUUUCAGCUUACUCAAUUUGUUAUGAUGACGGGAGUUCUUUUAGGAGGAAUAUUGUUUGGGAGAUUGGCGGAUAAAUGUGGGCGCAAAACCCCGCUCAUGGUAGCGAUUUUAAUUCAAUCUUGCACGAGCUAUGUGGCAAGCGUCUUACCUUGGUAUUGGUAUUUUCUGGCAAAUUGGUUCAUUUUGGCGCUUGCGUCAGGCGGCAUAACGAUAAUAUCCUUCGUUCUAUGUAUGGAGACAGUGAGCGGCAAGUGGCGUAUGACGGUCCCAGUGCUUUAUCAAUUGCCGUUCGGUUUGGGCAAUACAGUGAUGGCAUUUCUUGCAUAUUGGUUAAGGGACUGGAGAAAACUCGAAUUUGGCUUGGCUACUUGUUCAUCGUUGUAUAUUUUGUACUGGUUUUGCAUUCCCGAAUCACCUAGAUGGUUAAUAGCCAACGGGCAAAUUAACCAAGCCGCAGAAGUCUUGAAAAAGGCUGCUGCAAAAAAUAACAGGUACUGGAGUACAGACCAAAUUAAGCGCUUGAUUCCAACUACUCGAACGGAUAAUAAGAAGCCUCCAGGAUUCUCCAAAUUCUUGAAAUCGCGGAACAUGAGGCUCACAACUAUCCUAUUGUCUAUUAACUGGCUUUUCACAGGAAUCGCAUUUUAUACAUUCGUACAAUUUCUCGGCGAUAUUGGUGGAAAUAUAUUCAUUACAGUAGCACUAACGGGAAUUGUCUCAACUCCUGGACCUAUAAUCUGCGUCUUAAUAAUCACGAGAGUAGGCCGGAGAACAACAUUAUGGAUAUUCCAAUUCUUUACAGGGCUGUGUUUCAUAGCUCUAUUGUUGAUACCACGAGACUUGUGCCCCCAAGAUUGGCCGAGGCUAUUGUUCGCGGGAAUAGGAUUUGCGUCAAUGGCGGCGUCUGUACCAACACUCUACUUAUACACUGGAGAGUUGUAUCCAACCCUUGGUCGCAACGUGGGAGUCGGAGGAGUGACGACAUUUGCUCGUAUCGGUUCCAUGAUAGCACCUUUCGUUCUUAGCUUGGACAGCACUGUAGUAAAUUUCCCCUUGAUGUUUAUAGCUACUACGACGUUUGCCCAAAUGUUUCUACUUUAUCCAUUGCCUGAAACUAAAGGUAAACCUCUACCGGAUACGUUGGAAGAAGCUGAACAAAUUUUUAAGAAGUCCGCGUCUGCAAAAGUAAGGAAGUCGAAAAAAAGACCAUCGCGAUCGUGAUGUAUAAAAUGGUUUAAUAACAGAUUAUUAAAAUCUCGUAAAUACAAUUUUAUUCUCUAAUUUAGUUGUGGCGUUUUCUUGUGAAGCAGGAAUUUGAUUUGUUAACAAAUGACACAAUAUCUAUGAUGCUUUUAGUUUCGGGCAAGCACCAUAAUAUGGAUCAGCAACUUUGCGUAAAUAUCAUAUAACGUCAUCAUCAUUAAGGCUUACAUACCUACAUAACUAAUCUACGGCAUUUUGACGACGACGUCAUCAGACUCG